AAACAGUUCUUCAGAAAGGGAAAAAAAAACCCUAAACCUUCACGAACAGUGACGGGAGCGACAUGAAUUCCCUUUCUCGCUACCUCUGCGCUUCUUCUGUUUCUUCUUUUAUUCGUGUAUGCGGCCGGAUCGAGUGCUUCUCGCGGUUUUCCUCGAAAUCAAAUGGAUUCUCCGGGAGGAGUUUUGAGCAGCAAGCGCCAUUUACCGGGGCCUGGGGAGGGAUUUCCGGAGAAGGAAGCGACAAUUCGGCUACUAAUUCUCCCACUCGUUCUGCACUUUUUCGGGAAAGCGGCGGGUGGGGGAAUUCAAAAUCAAUGGAUACUGUGAAAGGAAUACUAGCGCAUGAAGAGAGUAGAAGGCCGACAGUGUAUCCCUCCUUUUAUCGCGGAAGUUCCGAAAGAAACGCAGAGGUUGUUCACAUAAAGAUGUUGCGUAACAACACCUUUGUUACAGUGACGGAUUCAAAGGGAAACGUCAAAUGCAGGGGCUCGUCUGGCUGUUUGCCCGAGCUAAAGGGUGGACCAAAGCUAUCGAGAUAUGCAGCUGAGGCAACGGCUGAACACAUCGGAAGAAAAGCAAAGACAAUGGGUCUAAAGUCGGUGGUCGUCAAGGUGAAUGGGUUCAUCCACUUCAAGAAAAAGAGGCAAGCCAUUGUUGCAUUCAAAGAAGGUUUCAACAGCUCUAGAUCGGAUCAGAAUCCCAUCGUGUACAUUGAGGACACGACUAGGCGUGCUCAUAACGGAUGCAGAUUGCCGAGGAAACGUCGGAUUUAAGUUUUUUUUUUCCCGUUUAUCACUACAUAUUGCAGGUUCUCUCCCCAUGUUUGGAGCCAGACAGUUUCUGUUGAGGAAUGCUACAGAUGCGUCUAAGAAGCAAUGAGCUUAAUAAGUCGAUUAUGUUUUUGCGAAACGUGUACUGUAUGUUUCUCACUUGUGUGUCUGAAAUUUCCUCCUGUUUUUAUAGAACAAGGCUGGAUGGGUUUUGCUUCCGUUU